AUGCUUUCUGAAGAGUCUGCAUGGAAGCAGAGCUUGACGCUGCCACCAAAGGAUCUCCGCUUCAAAACUGUUGAUGUGACCAAGACGAAGGGAAUGGAAUUCGAGGAUUUCAGCCUCAAACGCGACCUGCUCAAGGGAGUCUUCGAGAAAGGAUGGGAGAAGCCGAGCCCCGUGCAAGAAGCUGCAAUUGGACCCGCUCUUUCGGGACAAGAUGUGCUCGCUCGUGCGAAGAAUGGAACAGGAAAAACGGGCGCCUUCGCAAUCCCAGUGAUCGAGAAGAUCGACGUGAACAUCAAGAAAGUGCAAGCGAUCAUCAUGGUGCCAACUCGGGAGCUCGCUCUUCAAACAUCGCAAAUCUGCGUCGAGCUUGGAAAGCACAUGAAUAUCAAGGUGAUGGUUACAACUGGCGGCACGGAUUUGCGUGACGACAUCAUGCGUCUCAAUGGAACGGUCCAUCUGAUUGUGGCAACUCCCGGACGAAUCUUGGAUCUCAUCGAGAAGACGGUCGCUGAUGUGAGCCUCUGCAAAAUGCUCGUCUUGGAUGAAGCCGACAAGCUACUCUCGAUCGACUUUCAAGGUGCUCUCGAUAAGAUGAUCAGCUACUUGCCAAGAGAGCGCCAGAUUAUGCUCUUCUCGGCGACGUUCCCAUUAACGGUGACCAACUUCAUGCAAAAGUACAUGAAGAAACCGUACGAGAUCAAUCUGAUGGAAGAACUCACUCUUCAUGGCAUCACCCAAUACUACGCUUAUGUCCAAGAGAAGCAAAAGGUUCACUGCCUCAACACGCUUUUCCGAAAGCUGCAAGUCAAUCAAGCAAUCAUCUUCUGCAAUUCAACACAGCGCGUUGAACUUUUGGCAAAGAAGAUCACUGAAAUUGGUUACUCAUGCUAUUACAUCCAUUCGCGAAUGAUGCAACAAGAUAGAAACCGCGUCUUCCAUGAUUUCCGUCAAGGAAACUGUCGCAACUUGGUCUGCUCGGAUCUUCUCACUAGAGGCAUUGACGUCCAAGCCGUGAAUGUGGUGAUCAACUUCGACUUUCCACGCAACGCUGAGACUUACUUGCACCGAAUUGGCCGUUCUGGACGCUUUGGACAUCUGGGACUUGCCAUCAACCUUGUCACUUACGAUGAUCGCCACAACUUAAGACGCGUCGAAUCGGAACUUUCAACUCGUAUCGAGCCAAUCCCAAGGAGCGUCGAUCCAAAGCUUUAUGCCGCCGACCUAAAGCCUUACGUCGCCGACCCGCACACCGUGGACAAUGAUGAUAUGGCAAAGACUGCAAUCCAAGGU